GGCGGCGGCGGAGGAGGAGGACGUGUUGUUGUGGCGGCGGCGGCGCCGGCUGCGGCGGAGCCCGCCAAGUCCCAGCGCCUCACCUGCGCCCGCCGCGGAGGGCCGGCAGACCGCCUCGCCGCAGGAUUAAUUUAUUUUUGGAAAUCAAGUGCAAUAUUAAAAGGAAAACAAACCACACUACAUUAUUGGAAGCCAUUUCUGCUAAUUAUAUUACAUUUUAAAAUUUAUGGUUUGAUUUGAAUGCUAUCAUGGGAGGAGCUGUGAGUGCUGGGGAAGAUAAUGAUGACUUAAUUGAUAACUUAAAAGAAGCUCAGUAUAUCCGCACUGAAAGAGUGGAGCAAGCCUUCAGAGCGAUUGAUCGCGGAGAUUACUAUUUGGAAGGCUACCGAGACAAUGCUUACAAAGACCUAGCCUGGAAGCAUGGCAACAUACACUUGUCAGCACCUUGCAUUUAUUCUGAAGUUAUGGAAGCAUUGAAACUUCAACCAGGAUUGUCUUUUCUUAACCUGGGAAGUGGAACCGGAUAUUUAAGUACAAUGGUGGGCUUAAUUUUAGGUCCUUUUGGAAUAAAUCAUGGGAUUGAGCUUCAUUCAGAUGUGGUGGAAUAUGCCAAGGAGAAACUGGAGAGCUUCAUCAAAAAUAGUGAUAGCUUUGAUAAAUUUGAAUUUUGCGAACCUGCAUUUGUGGUUGGUAAUUGCCUCCAGAUAGCGUCAGACAGUCAUCAGUAUGAUCGAAUUUAUUGUGGAGCUGGAGUUCAGAAAGACCAUGAAAACUACAUGAAAAUAUUACUAAAAGUUGGAGGCAUUCUGGUCAUGCCAAUAGAAGAUCAGUUAACACAAAUUAUGCGAACUGGACAAAACACUUGGGAAAGUAAAAACAUCCUUGCUGUUUCAUUUGCUCCACUUGUGCAGCCAAGUAAGAAUGAUAAUGGCAAACCCGAUUCUGUGGGACUCCCCCCCUGUGCUGUCAGGAAUCUGCAGGACUUGGCUCGUAUUUAUAUCCGACGCACACUUAGAAAUUUCAUAAAUGAUGAGAUGCAGGCCAAGGGGAUUCCUCAAAGAGCUCCGCCCAAACGGAAAAGGAAGAGAGUCAAGCAGAGAAUUAACACAUACGUCUUUGUGAGUAAUCAGCUUAUUCCUCAGCCUCUAGACAGUGAGGAGGAUGAGAAAAUGGAAGAAGACAAAGAGGAGGAGGAGAAAGACCACGGUGAAGCCAUGAAGCCGGAGGAGCCGCCCCAGAACCUGCUGAGAGAGAAGAUCAUGAAGCUCCCCCUGCCCGAGUCUCUAAAAGCUUACUUGACAUAUUUUAGGGAAAAAUAGCGUAGAGCAAGAAGAAAGAAUGCCUACUGAUAAUUCCUUUAGUCUUGAACAUGUAGCAUUUGGUAGGAGUUCAGAGAAUUCUUUCACCAGAGUGAAUUUAUAGUGGAAAAAAGUAUAACUCAUUUGUCUUAGUAAUAAAAAUGAUGUAUCCAGUGAUUUAAAAGAAUCCCUUUUAUAAAAUAUAUUUUUCUUUAAAUCUUGGGAGAAUUGCUGUUUUAACUCAGAGCAACUUCAGGAGUGGAAUGCAGUAGCAGUCAAGACUGGGUACUGCAAAUCCUCGUCUGGUUCCUCCAGAUUGGUGGUGGUGAGGGUUAGGGUUAAUUUUAUAUGAAGUGAAAGAAUCAUUGAGCAUAUAUGAUCGGAUCCGAAUUGCAGCUGUUUGCAUUUCCUCCGAGAGAACUUUCUUACCUAAUCAGGACAGGGUGCUUUGUAGACCCAGUGACCCUCCUUUUGUCCCUGACCUGUCGCUGAGUUGCUGUAGCUCUCCGGGCAGUAAUGAGUGCAAUAACAAUGCAGAUGCUGAAUAAUUUAGCUUUAAAGCCACGUUCCAUGGAAUUCGACAGCAUGGCUGCUCUUGCUUUUGAAUCUGUUGCCAAAAGACAUGGGGAAAAUAUCUGCUUCUCUCAUGGAGAUUUUAAGAGCACAUCAGGUGAAUAUUCAAGUAAAACAUAUAUACUUAAUACAGUUCUUAGUUCGUAUGGACCCUUUACAUUUCCAGUAUUUAAAAAUGAUGAGGUUAUCUUACCUUCCUGAAGUUUUAGGAGAUAGCAUAUUUAGGGUUGUUUUUGCUGUAGUCCACUGUAUAAAGUAUUUGGUUUAAGAGUCUGCUCUGUGGGACUGUUGAUGGCUCAGGUGGUGAGUAGGGCCAGAGCAGACUGGUCACAGCUGCACUUUAGCAAAGGGAACUCCCAGUUCAUCUGUUAUUUAUCUUUGACAAAUUGGGCUUAAGCUGGCCUGCAUUUGCUUAGAAAUUCAUCCUUGUAGUAUAGGAGAUAUUCACAGAUGUUAUACAUAGAUGCCUUUUGCUUUGAAAAUUCAGAAUCAUAGUGUAAUUUUUUGGGACCUACAUUGUGCUCAUUUAACCUCUUCCCAUUUUUUUUGUUCUUUUUUGUGGUAAAAAUUAUAAUGAUUCUUCAUUUUACUUAAUAUCACAUACUUUAUUCAUUAUUUGAAUGUCAGUGGUAAUGGAGUAAAUGCCAUUGUUAGUUUAUUUCUUUUCUUCCUACUAGAGCCUGAAGAGUCAUUCCUUGUUAAGAAAGUGUACAGUGUAACGUAUUUACUACAUAGUGUUACAUGGAUAUAUAUUUUUAAAAAGGAAAAAAAUUUGAAAGUAUCACUUCUUACCACCAGCAUCACUGUUAACAAUAAUUGAUCAAAUAUGCUUGAGGAAACCCAAUCAAUGUUUAGUGAAGGAUUAUUAUCUCUUUACAAAGAUUCAGUGAUUAGUAACAUAUAUAUGGUUAAAAAAAAUGUCAGGUCUGGUAAUUGCACACAUCUGACAACAGGUGUUUGAGAUAGUCUAAGCAUGAAUUAUCCCAGGUGCAUGAGGAUAUUUUAGUCACAGGUUGAGAGACAAGUUUCAUGGAAGCUGUUUAUCUUAUACCAGGGCCUGGGCUUGGGCCUUGGUAUCGCCACAGUUUUCUUUGGCUGAUGACUAAGCUAGUACUGUUAAGAAUGACCCAUCUCAUUAAUAUCCAGGAAGAAAUAGUUUCAUGCAGUUGUCAUCUGUUAGAGACAUUCAUUUUAUUUUGAAAUAAAUGUUAACUGUGGAAGUUAAUCUUGAGUUUCUGUUGCCCACAAAUCUUUAUCUGGAAACCCCCACCACACACACACACACACACACACACACUUUGUUGUUUUUGGAGCAAGAUUCCAGAUAUGUUUUCUUAAAUGGUGAUUUUACUAUUCUUGAGGGUGGUUUUUGUUAAUGAUAUAUUUAAAGAUGGACUCUCAUAUUAGCUUUCAUUCUGUUGACCUUGGCAAAAUGUACAGUAGAUUUUCAUGAUCAUUGCCCAUCUUUUCUCAUGAAAUGUAUCUUUUGUGUUUUUAAAUGCAUUUAUUUUAUAGUUGUGACUUUAUUAUUGAUUUAAAAUAAAGAAGUAGAAAUAAAAAUGAAAUUUUAAGUGAAAGCCCUUUUAUCUAUUAAUGGGAAUAUAUUAGAAUGACUAAGAAUAUUUGGGGUGUUUAUAUUUUAAUGAAUCAUGUUAUAUUUGUGUGUGGAUAAUUAUGCUUUAUAGGUGGAGAGGUGGCAAAGAUGGAGUAAAAUGAAUUGCAAACGAUGAGCAAUAUAUGCAUGGGAUUUUACAGCAGGAAAACACGGUGGAAGUAACCUAAUCUAGUCUUUUUUUUUUUUUUUUUUGUGGAGAGAAAGUAGGCCUAGGGAGGGAGUGCAGCACGCUUUUCUCUGUAAGAGGGUUGGAGACACUUGAAAUAGCACCCAGAGUCUGAUGAGCCCUAGACGCUGUCAGCAACAGCAGAACUGCCAGGAAGCUCAUUUAUACCUGUACUGCUUAUGGGUCACUAGAGCUGGUUCUAGACUUAAUAAAGACAACUGUCACUAAAGUAGCGUACAUAGUAGUUAAAAUACAGAAAAUGUCAAUGUUGGUUUCUAGCUGUCUAAGAGGAUAAAAUGAAGCAAAACCUGUUAAAUUAUGGGAAAACUUGGAAAAUUAUUUUAAAUAAACAAUUGCAUAUAAUUAAGCAUCA